AUGGAUUUUCGUGUGCUACAAAAUUAUGCUGUAUUAUAUCCAAUAGGUACUGGAGGAUUCUCGAAAGUAUAUAUAGCAAUUCACAAUGCAACCGGUUCCAAAGUUGCAAUCAAGAUUAUUAAUAAAAAUGAAAAUAACGAAGAUGGACGUCAAAUGAUUAGAAUUCAUCGUGAGAUUGAAAUUCUAAAAAAGGUGAAUCACCCGUUUAUCUCCCAUCUAUUCGAAGUAAUAGAAUCUGAAAACGAGAUUUAUAUUGUAAUGGAAUUUGCUCCCAAUGGCACUUUGUUAAAUUACAUUAACGAACAUGGACCACUAUCAGAAGAAUGCGCCGCGCCAAUUUUUGCCCAAGUAAUGUUGGCAUUAAGGUAUCUCCACGAAGAUGCACAUGUCUGCCAUAGAGACAUCAAAGCCGAAAACAUUAUGUUCGAUUAUAAACGAAACGUAAGAAUUAUUGACUUCGGCUUAAGCAAUACUCCCGAUGCUGAAAGUGUUCUCCGUUCACAGUGUGGUUCACCAUCAUAUGCUGCUCCAGAGAUGAUAGUCGGAUCUGAUUACGGUUAUGGAUGUGAUGUUUGGAGUUGCGGAGUAGUUCUUUACGCCAUGGUUGUUGGACAUCUACCAUUUGAAGACGCCAACUUCCAAAGACUUGCUCAAAAAAUCAUUUACGCAGAUCCAGAGAUCCCAUCUUCUUUAUCGCCACCUUUAGCUGAUCUUCUAAGAAAAAUGUUAGCUAAAUGCCCAGAUCAGAGAUUAACAGACUCACAGGUCCUCGAACACCCAUGGAUGAUCGAAGCUGCAAAGAAGGCAGUUGAAGCCUUAAACGUUAAACCAAAUUACGAAAGAAUUAGACAAAAUCUUCAUAUGUUAGGACUUGAUAGCAACAUUGCAUUACCACUUCUUGAAGGAUUAGACCAACAACAAGAAGUCCCCGCUAUUAAAACAAGCGAAUCAGCUCCUGUUAUUGAAAUUCAAGAUAAUGACUCUGUAACACUAAGAGUCUUAGUUUGCUUUGAUAUUGCGGAGUCUGUACCACAACUGUGGACACCAACGAAGCAACGCACCGUUCGUAGAUCAUCUUACCAUGAAGGUGAGGGAUUACCAGCGCUCGGCGUUAACAAGGCAUUGACAGUUAAAAGAAAAUCAAUGCCAAUCAAGCCAAAUACGUCAGUAACUCGUAUAAAUAAGAGAAAGGCACCUUUGCCUAUCAUUCAUCUCCUGAAUUAA